GCCACGCCAUUUCAUUCCAAACCUCCGCCGCGCGCGCACGUACCGACAUGGCCUCCACCGGACCCGCCCGAGUGCUCCUGCACAUUCUAAACAUCAUAAUCACCGUGCUUAGCGUAGCUGUCGCCUGCGCUUCGAUAUGGUUCUUCGUUCAAGUGAAUGACUUCACCAACCUACGCAACAAGAAUCAUUACCUCCUGGAUUACAACGUGUACUGGCCACAGAUUAUCCCGUGGCUUUUCUUCGUAGUGUCUCUGCUUGUGAUUUGUGUUGUGUCCUGUGGAUUUGCCGGUACAAGGAAAGGCCGUAAAGGAUUGCUCUUCAUGUACAUGGUCAGUUUUGGUGUUGUGGCAGUGCUGAUGAUCACAGUGGCGGUCUUAGCGUUCGUGUUUACAAACCACAAGCAAACAGAUGACUUUGUUAAAGACACAGUGUGGGACGCGUACGUGCAAACGAAAAACGACCCUGACGUAGCCAACUCCUUUGCAUUGAUAGAGCGCAAAUUGCAUUGCUGUGGUGCUGACGGCCCUCGAGACUACAAGAACUGGAGGGUGGACCUACCCCAGUCAUGCUGCGACACCUAUUACCACGGGUGGCUGUCGUCUUACCCAAUCGAGUGCGACUUCACGAAUAAACUGGCCAAUGAGAGGCACGGAUGCAGUCAGGUGGCCAUGCAGUACACCAAGAUCGUGAUCAUGGUAUUGGCUGCUGUGUGUAUCCUCAUAGCGAUCCUUGGCUUCGUCUGCAUCGCGGUAGCUGCUGGUCUGUCGAAGGCCUUGAGAAGGAAGAACAGAGUGAUGGCCGCGAAGCUCGAAUCCGAAAGUGAAAAAGUGUUGAUCUAAAUGAACGUGAACUGUAAAGACAUUUGUGAUUGCAAUUUUUCGUGAUUCCCUUCGCCCGGUCAGGGCAGUGUAGGGGGAAUCUAGAAGUUUAAUUCUAAGUAUGUGUGUACAAAGAGUGAUUACUGAUUGUCCAGUAAGUUAUGAGUUCGUUAGGGACUUUGAAGGUUGCGUAAUGGACGAAGUCUUUAAGUAAUUAGAGUUAUGUGGAACAGCUUCGCUAAUUGAUUGUGAAUUAGUUGUCUGUGACCUUGGAAUGAUUGAGGAUGGAUGAGGAAGGUUGAGGACAGAGUGUCCUCUUGGCCUGAAUGUAUAACUGUCAAUGUAUGUUGAAUCGUGAUGUUGUAAUUAUGUACCUUGUGUUUGUUUGAGUGUGAAAUUGUGUAAAUUUAGAGUAGUCACAUUUUCCGUCUAUAGAAAUGAGAGAUUUUACUGUAUAUUGUGAGGUUUUUUAUGUUUUUAUUUUCUUGAAUCUCAGAAGAAAAUAAUUAACUUUAAAACUAGCAAUAUAUUUGUUAGAAAUGCAUUUAUAAAAUUUUAAAGAAUCUUGUAUAUUAGAAUCUCUAUUAGCCAUAAUGAAAAUAGUUUAUGCGAUGUUCGCACACAAAACCAUGCUAUAGUAGGAAGAUUUUAACCUAUAUUAGAGUUACCUCAAUACCAAAAAUCAGUGAAAGUACUGUUUUAAGUGUAUAAGUACACAAAAAAACUAAUUGUAAUACAUUAGUCACUGUAUAAAGUAUUAUUUAAGUUACCUGUAAUAGCUUGGCUAAGAAUUUUGUAAUUUAUUUAUACAAAUUAAAAACCAAAACGAUUAAACUAAGAAAAACUA